AUGGAGCAGCAAAUCCAACUUGACCCUUCCAAGCUCUCUCCAGCAGACAAAAAGGACCUGCAGCAAAUCCUCCACAACGAAAGCCAGAAGUCAACAAUCCAGCAAACGGUGCACCACCUUACCGAUAUAUGCUGGACAAAAUGUAUCACAGGGAAAGUCAGCGGCAGUACACUGGACAAGAACGAGUCUUCGUGUGCACGAAACUGCGUCAACCGAUGGAUGGACGCCAACCUUGCUGUGAUACAACACCUGGAAUCUCUGAGAGGAGGCCAUUAA